AUGCUAAAAUAUUAAAAAUCAAAUACUUCUUCAUAUAAAGCUAUUUUCAAUGCCCUUUAGAUGUAAUGUGAUAUAUUUGGAUAAUUACCUGGAUUCACUAUAUUAAAAAAAGAAAGAUUUUCAACUAGUUUUGGAGCUUUUUCGACUUUAAUUGUAUUUGGAUUUUGCCUAUUGUAUUUAUGUAUUGAACUUGCUAAUUUAUUAAACCGAAGUGACCCAAAUGUUAUUCAAUAUGAUACCCAAUUAAUGGAAAGUAAUGUAAGUUAUAAUAAAUAUUCAUAGGGGAUUCCUUUGAUGAAUAAUAAUUUCACCCUAGCUAUAACUCUAACUGGGUUAAACACUUAACCAUUUAAAAAUAUAAAUAAGUAUUUUAUAAUUAAGGUGAAUACAUGUAAAAGAGAAAGGGUGUUUAAUAAAACAGAAAACACAACUAAAGUUAUUUAAUAGUAAAGGUUUUUUAGUAUUUUAGAUGUAAAGAAUAUCCAAUAGAAUCUUGCAGACUAGACCAUGCAGUGACAGAUAGUUAAAAAGAGUAUUUUGGAAAGCUUUAAUUAGGAACAGUCUAAUGUUUAUAAAAAGAUAUUUGGGAAGCAAACCCACCAGUAAUUAUGAUUAAUAAAUAUUUUUAGUAAUUAUAGGGUGUAUUGCAGGCUAUAGAAUUUUAAUAUCUAUAGAUAUUGAUUUAAACAUGCCAUAAUACUACAACCUUUAAUGAAUGUGCUACAAUAGAAGAAAUUCAAAAUUUAACAAAUGCUGGAUUUUAUGGCAUACAUCUUAGCGAUAAUUUAUUAUAAUUGAAUGAGUUUUAAAAGCCUUUUUCAUAAAUUUAAAGUGUACAAUAAGCUUCAUUCUCUUUAAAAACAUCUCGAUCUAUCUAUUAGACAUUAAAGCAAAUUCAUAUUGUUACAGAUGAUGGAUUUAUUUUGGAAAAUCAAAAUUAAUUUACAGGCCUAAUUUAAAAUUAAUGGAGAGAGGAAUCAUCUAGUUAUAAUAAUAUGUUCUUAAUAAAUCAUUUUAUUUAUUUAGAUGCAAAAUAAUCUACUUAUUCCAGAAGUUAUAUCAAGAUUCAAACUAUUUUGGGUAAAAUUGGAGGAUUUUGGAAUGUAGCAGUUUUAUUAUUUAAAAUAUUUGUUACACCUAUAGUUCUUACUUUAAUGAAUGUGCAUCUAGUAAAUAAGUUAUUUCGAUUUGAAAUCAAUGAAAAAUCUUAAUUAUUUAAAGAUGAAAUCAAAGAAGAAUCUAUUUAUGAAUUAAAUAAAAGUUCAACUAUUUAUAAAGAAAAAUCAUUAAAAUAAUAUGAAUUUGUAAAUUCUAAUAUUAAAAGAAAAAAAAACAAUUAAGUAGAGUUGAAUCCAUAAAAAUAAUCAGAAAUUAAAAAAUAUUUAGCAUAUUCUAAACAGCAGUUGAAUUUAGGAAUAAUUGAUUUAUUUUUAGUUUCAUUUUGUUGUAAAAGAAAAGUAAAGGAGCAAAUUAGAUAUGCAAAAACCAAAUGUUCUCAGAAAUUAGAUGUAGCUUUGAUAAUAAGUAAAAUAUAUGAAUUUGAUAAAUUAAAAUAUGUUUUGUUUUCAAAUGAAUAGUUGAAUCUAUUUAAUUGUUUGCCAAAACCUAUAAUACCUGCUGAUUUAUUUGAUCGGUAAGUUUCAGAUAAAAUUAAGGCUUUAGAAUAACAAAAAUAGUAUUUAUUUAUGCUUGAAGAUGAAAUGCCUAUGAAACUUAAAUUAGAGUAGGCUUUUUCUAGUUACAAAAAACUUAAAAAUAAACAGGAUAAAACCUACACUGAUAAUUAGUUAAUCGAAUUUUUAGAUUAGGAUUUAGUAAAUUUAUUUGAAAAUCUAUAAAAAAAAGAAGAUUUGUCUUAAAAGGGAAGUGAUGAUGUAAACUUAUUCUCAAGCAGGGAUAAGUAAAAUUGUAACUCUUCUUUUAGAUAGUUAAAUGUUUAGCUUGAAAUAGAUUAAAUGAACUCUUCGUGA